AUGUCUCAAUCAGAAAUUCAAGUUGUCGGCUACAUUGGUCUCGGCCUCGCCGGUGGACCAUUGGCACAGAAUGUGGCCCAGAAGGGUUACAAGACCAUUGUCCGCGACGCAAACAAGGAGUGCCAGGAGCAAUUUGUCAAGGACAACGCUAGUCUUCCUGUGGAAUCUGCUAGUGAUGAGCCCGACGCAUUCAAGGACGCAGAUAUCAUUAUCACGAUGGUACCAAACGGCCAUAUUGUCCGCGAUAUCUUGCUGGGCGACAAGGGCAUCGCCCCCCACCUGAAGCCAGUACAAAAGCCGACUGAUCGACUCCCCGGUGACGCAAGUGCCUACAUCAUGGUUGGCGGUGCUCAAGAGGAUAUUGACCGCGCGCUACCUGUCCUGAAGACUAUGUCUCGCUGGCGCUUCGUCAUGGGGCCUCUAGGAAGCGGUCAUGUCAUGAAGACGUUCAACAACUAUGUCACCGCCGCUGGCAUUGCCGCGUUGAACGAUGCCUUCAUUGUGGGACGGAAGAUGGGACUCGACCCCGUUCAAAUCACUGACGUCCUCAACGUGGGAACUGGACGUAAUUACGGGACUGCCCACUCUAUCCGAGCAGAAGGUCUCACCAGAUCCUACGCUAGUGGUUAUGGGCUGGGUCUGUUGGUCAAAGACUUGGGCAUUAACCUGGACCUCUGCACUUCUAUGGGUAUCGACACCACGCUGGCCAAGCAUAUGCAUGGCUUAUUCAAGGAGGCCUGGGAUGAACCCAACGUUGAAAAGAGUGCCGACUACACAGAGUGCCUGAAACUUUGGGAGCGCAAAGCUGGCCUAGAGCUUCCCACAGCCCCAACGAGUGUGAAGGAGGAGGAUGAGCCCAGAACGUUCCAGUCCCCCAUUUAG